AUGCCUUCGACCAGCGCUACAAGCUCCCCGGAGGGUGUCCCUCUCGCCGACUACUUCUGGAUAGCAGGCGUGGACGGAUCUGAGAUCUUGGACACCUUCCGACGACUGGGCGACGACUAUCGCAUCAACGGCGCUGCCUCGCCGGGCCCCGCACUCACGGAUGCUAUCCAGGAAGAUGCCGACGCAGAAGAAGAAUACAACCCGGAGGGCGCCUCUCGGCCCCCCUCGGCAUUAUACACGGGCCCUACCCGCCGCACCUCCAACCAGCGAUUGUCGACACUCUCCCGGGAUUCGGGGCAAACAAAUGGUACCGGCAGCAAUCGGAGCAGCGUGACCGUCAAGGGUGCGUCGUCGCCCUUACGAUCGUCGGCCAUGUUUGACGGAGAUUUCGAUUUCGACCAAGCGUUGUUCAAAUUCGCGAAUGAGCGUGACACAUUCCUGACCGACUUGAGUUUGAGCGCCGGCGCGAUCACCCCGAAUACCCGCCCUCGAUCACGCGUUCGGACACAGAAGAUCGUUGCGGAGGAUUCGCCGUCCCCUGGAGGGUCGGGUCUGCUCAGAUCGGGUAUUGGUAGUGUUCGCCGGCACAUGGCGUUUCGGGAUCUGAACAGUAUGAAGAGGCAGCCGUCGAUUGCCCGCCAAGCUUCUGUGCGAACGUCUCGGCGACUCAGUAAUUACAACUCCGUGAUCCCAGUUCCGCAACCGCUCGAGAUCUCCCCCUCCAUGCACCCGUUGAAGCGACGAUUUGAACCCGUUCUGCUCGACCGAUACCCCACGCGCGACAUGGCAGACGAUACCAAGCAGCGCGGUAAAUUCCCGGACUACGUCCCAAUGUUCGCUUUCCCGAACGAUAUCAACAUCGUGUCCUCCGACGAGCGGCCGCGAUCUACCUGGCAUGGAUUUGCUAUGACAACGGAAAAUGGUUCCAAGAUUCAUGCGAUCUGCGUGAUCAUCUGGAUUCCCCUGAACCCACAGGCUGCUGAUGAGCUUGAGAAGCGUUGUGAGGAAUGGCGCAAGGAUAACAUGACCGACGAGGAGCGGGAACUGGCGGCCAGUCUAGGCGAGAGGCUUGCAUCGGAGCGAGCCAAACUGUCGCAGCUUCUUGCUAAACUACCGAACGUGCCCUCGGGUUCCGAAUCCCGUGAAAAACUUGAGGAUGAGAUCAGCGCUGUCGAGGAGAAAAUUGGGCUCAUGACCGACUUGCUGCGACCUGUGCGACACGGUGCGGCCUCGAAAAUUGAGGGUCUCACCGACGGUGAUACUGGAUUCUGGAUUCCCCGUGCCUACGGUAUCCUGGGCCGCGAGGCCAACAUGACCACCUUCUGGAAGGAAUGGCUCAAGGCGAUGAUCGUGCCCAUGACUGAAGGUGGUGUUCAGCGCAUCCCGCCAAGCUCACCACGAAUGGGUGUUUGGCAACCGCUUGAACGUUAUGUCAUGAACCUUUGCACUGAGGCCUUCUGCCCGGUCUCUUCGAAGACUCAGGUCGAACUUGCAGUUCGGGAAUUGCGGCUUUUCGCGCGACAGGAGGCUUCCAAUGAGCUUCCUGGGUCUCGAAACACUGAUUUAUAUGCCCUGUUCAGAACUCUUUCCGUUCCCAACAUUGUAAUUCUGUUCGAGUAUGCUUUGACGGAGUCGCGCAUCAUCUUCUUGUCCUCUCACACCUCCAUGCUUUACCUCGCAACCCGAGCCUUAGUUGAUUUGCUGUUCCCCAUCCAGUGGGCCGGAGUCCUGAUUCCAGUACUUCCCGCUCGUUUGGUCCAGGCUAUCGAAGCACCGUGCCCGUAUAUUGUGGGCAUUGAGCGCCGUUAUGAGAAGGUCGAGUUGCCAACCGACGACUUCGUGCUGGUGGAUCUGGACAAUGAUAUGAUUGAAAGCACCAUCCGACCUACUCCUCUCCCUCGCCACCAACGCCGCAAGCUCCUGUCCCUCUUGCAAAUGGCUGCUCCUCACCAUAGUCGCUGCGGCGUUCCAACAGGCCCUCCAGCAUAUGCGAUUGAGACUUACCCCUGGGACACAUACUUGACAGAAAGCGGAGCAGCUUACUCCUCAAAAGCUCAGCCCACAAACCUGGCCAAGUAUGUCGGUCUCAAUUCAAGCGCAUUUGGCUCGACCGCCGUGGUUCCAGGUUCCUACCAUCCGCCAAUAUUUAACGCUUUCCUCCAUGCCCGCCAUGAACACGGAUCCUCCUCUCGCGGGUACUCUUCCAGAGGCGCUGAUCGGCCAGGAACGAGCUCAACAUCCAGGCCCGGUGCCUCUCCUCCUUCGCCUCGGGAGAACUCCUCCCCUACCUCGGGUCACUUCCCCCCUCCCCCGCCUACUCCUUCGUCUCGCAACGAUUCCGGAAUGGCGUUGCAGGCUUCGUUGCGUGAAAAGCGUUCCGGUCAUUUCGAUGCCGCGUCUAGAAGAAGCUCGUCUUUUGGAAUGACUCGUCGCCCGAGUGCACCGUUCCUUGGACAUGCGUCCAACCUUUCAGUCACUACUCUGAACACGGAUUACGGUCAAGGGUCAACUUAUGCCCCAUCCGUAUAUGCUCAAUCCACAAUUGCCGCUUCGACUAUUGUCCCACAGACCAGCACUCAACAUGUCAACAAUGCCGAGGGAACCUGCUGGGUGGAAGGACACUACUUCCAGACCCAGCCAUGGGAUGACAAGUUGAUUUGUGCCAUCUGUGAUGACCGAGCGGAGGAGGGCAUGUACAAGUGCCAAGCGUGCAAGUUGACCGUCCACAACCGUUGUGCCUCUCAAGUCUGCCUGGUCUGUGAUGCGGCCUUCCAUCCUGAUCAGAUUCGCGCGGCAUUCGUGAGAUGCUUUGCUAGUUUGUUCUAUACUUAUAAGAAGUAUCUCGUGCCAGCCAGUGGUGAAAAGAAGAAGUCGGGAAUGUACUAUGUUUUCAAUAUGGAAGCCUUUAAGAAGAGUCUUCCUAAUGAGCAUGCUGAGUACAUUGCUGUCUUGCAACAGACCCAAGGCUUCAACGAGUUCAUCAGUGAGCGAGAGCGGACCAGUCCCAAGGCCAAGGACUCGAAGAUGGCUCUGUUCGACGAGAUUGUUCUCUCAAAGCGUAAUCGUGGCCGCACAUCCAUCUUUUCUGGCCGUUCGACGACCGACUUCUUGUCAGACACUUCGAAUCAUCUGUGGCGGACUGCCAGUGCUACCUUCUUCACCCCCAGCAGUCGUAGCCAGCAGAGCCUCUCCGCCGAUUACACUCGGGUGGGCACCAGAGCACCGGCGAAAUUGGACACAAGUCUGAUGAAAGAACCCCGCAUGAUCCACGGGGCACCACGGGUGUCCAAGUCGGCAAAUACUGCCCGAAGGAAGCCGCUACCCAAGCUGAUGAACGGGCUGGCGAUCUCUCCGUCCUCGCCGCCGAGUUAA